AUGGCUGUCACUCAUGGAAGCAAUGCUCCUAAGAAAGACACUCCAACAAAAAAUAAGUCUGGGCAUAAAGCAAAAGGAAAGGCUCCUACUGAUUUCCCAAUUGUUUUCUGCCAGUGUUGUGUCUCUGAGUUCAUGUUCCCAAAAAACAUGAAUAAGACUUGCAAUAAUUUGCAAGGUUCUGAAAAUGCAUGUCAAAACUGUGCCCGCAAUAAGAAAAGCUGCUCUGAUUUCCCCGAUGCAAUGCUGGAGCAGGUAGUUGAGAUGAUGAGUGCAUAUGACAAAUGGGCUAGCACAACAAAUAUGACUGUGAAAGCUGCUCAUGAGAAAAGUAUUAUCACCAUUGCAGCUGCAGUCAGUGAGGAAUUGAAAGUUGUUUUGGCCAGUAUGCCAAAAGAAACUGUUUCCAGAGAAGCAUCAUCUGCCAUGUCUGCUGAGAAUAUAGAUCUUCUGAUCCAAAUGUUGGAGACUCUGAAGCAGAUCCAGAAGAUUCAAGAAGCCACAUUUACUUCUGUUGAGGCCAUCAGGAAAUCUAUUGAGAUAAAAACUUCCUCAACAAAUGGCAUUGGCAAUUUCUGA